AUGACGCAAAGCAACGACCGAAAAAAGAAGAAGACGACGCGUACUCAGAGCGAAGGCAGAGUAAAGCGUCCUCUGGGAAAGUUAGCAAUGCAAGACCAAACGAUACGGGCGUUGGAGAGGUGCAUUGAGGAAACGAAACCAGAAUCCGGUUCCAACCCCUUGGCAAUUCCACCACGAAAAUCCUCGGACAAAAACACCUCGCAUUCCUUAACCGGGGUACGGAAAUUUACACAUCUCCCACUCUCCCCGGAAACGCAAAAAGCGUUGAGAGAAUGCAAGUAUAAAGAGAUGACGGCGAUACAGAGGGCGACGAUCCCACACGCGAUGAGCGGGCGAGACGUGUUGGGCGCGGCGAAGACGGGGAGCGGGAAGACGCUUUCGUACGUCGUGCCGAGUUUAGAGAGAUUGUAUAGGAUGAAAUGGGGGAAGGACGAUGGCGUUGGAGCGAUAUUUAUCAGUCCGACGAGAGAGUUGGCGAUGCAGAUAUUCCAGGAGAUUGUGAAGGUUGGGGGGAAUCAUACGUUUAGCGUAGCUUUACUCAUCGGCGGAAAGGAUUUGGAGAAGGAAAGGAACGCGGUCAACGCGAUGAAUUUGUUGUGUUGUACUCCCGGGAGAUUGUUGCAACACAUGGACGAGACGCCGAUGUUUGAUUGCACAGGAUUGCAAGUGUUGGUUUUAGACGAGGCGGAUAGGAUAUUGGACUUAGGUUUUAAGGAGACUUUAGACGCGGUGUUGGCGAAUUUGCCGAAAACGAGGCAGACGUUGUUGUUUAGCGCGACGCAGACGAAAAAAGUGAGCGAUUUAGCGCGGUUAUCGUUGAAAGAUCCAGAAUUUUUGAGCGUGCACGCAGAAUCGGUGAAUGCGACGCCGCCAAAGUUGCAACAGAUGUAUACGACUUGUAAAGUGGAGAAGAAGAUUGAAACGUUGUGGGCGUUUGUGAAGUCGCACCCUACGCAGAAAAUUUUGGUGUUUUUCUCCUCGUGUAAACAGGUGAAGUUUAUCCACGAAAUUUUUCGACGAAUGCGACCAGGGAUCCCGUUGGCGUGCAUUCACGGAAGAAUGAAACAAACGAGACGCGAGCACGUGUUUUAUCAGUUUUGUAACGCGAGAGAGACGGUUUUAUUUGCCACAGACGUGGCGUCGAGAGGGUUGGAUUUCCCGGCGGUGGAUUGGGUCAUCCAAUGCGAUUGCCCGGAAGACGUGCAGACGUACAUUCACAGAGUUGGAAGGACGGCUAGGUACACCGCGAGUGGUAAGGCUUUGAUCUUGUUGAACGAAGGCAAAGAAGCGACAACGUUUCCAGAAUUGUUGGAGCAAGCAAAAAUCCCAAUUAAAUCUAUCAAAAUGAACCCAAAAUCGAGAGUGAAAGGUAUAAGUUCGAGCGUCCAAGGGUUGUUGUCAAAAGAUAACGAUUUGAAGUAUUUAUCGCAAAGAGCGUUGGUGUGUUACCUGCGCUCGGUGUUUUUACAGAAGAAUAAAGACGUGUUUGACGUUUCCGAGAUUGACGUAGAGGCGCUGUCGCAGAGUUUCGGGUUACCGAACGCGCCAAAGGUAAAGUUUUUGAACGCGGCGAGCACCAAGAAGGAGAAGAAUAAAGCGAACGAUGACAAAAAUGGUAACAAAGAAGCUAAGAAAAGUAGAGAACUUUCAGACGACGACGACAACGACGACGACUCGGAAAUUUCUUCUGAGCGCUCGGACGAUGAGGAGGAGGAGGAGAUGGAUUCUUCGGGAGGUGAAGAAGAUGACGCUUCCUCCUCUUCGUCGUCUGAAUCAGAGGAAGAAGACAAUUCAUCAGAUUCAGACUCGGACGAGCGCAUGAAAACCUCAGCGGGUGUUCUCAAGCGUACCGGCGGGGGUCGAUUCAAAUUAAAGGCUGGGGGCGACUCGGACGACGACGACGACGACGCCAACAUCGAAGAUGACUUUUUACAAGUCCGACGCAAAGACCACGCGUUGGCCGACGACACCGAGGAAGAGGAGAAAGAAUUAGCGAUCGCGGCAAACGCAGAGAGUGAAAAGAUUCGCCAAAAAGCAUUGAAAGGGAAACUCCGUAUUGGUAAAUCAGGUUCCAUAGCUUCCGUAGCUGGCUCAGAAAAACGCAUCGUGUUCAAAGAGGACGGCACCGCCUCGAAACCGCUCGAAGCGUUGGGCGAAGACGCUAAAUUCUUUGCCAAGAGCACGGCGGCGAACGACGAUGCUUUGCGCGAGGCGGUCAAGAUGCGCAUGAAAAAGGUAGCGGAAGAGCGGAAGACCGCCGAUUACGCCGAUCGUGGACGCGAAAAAGCGCGAUUGCGAGAGAUGCGGGCCAAGCGUAAAGUGAAGGAUGUCGGCAAAGAAGAGACGAGAGCUUUCUUGGAUGUCGGCGGCUCGUCUGGUUCAGAUGACGACGACAACGACGACGAAGAUGGUUUCGGUGGUCGGAGUGAUGACGAUGAGGAGGACGAGAAACCGUUCGAUGCGCGCGCGUUUAAGUCUGUUAAGCGUUCAGAUGCCGCACACGCCGGCAUGGGCAGAAGAACAAACUCAGACGACGAGGAAGAAGAAAACAUAGAAGAAAAAGCAAUGCGUUUAUUGAACGAGAAGCUCGGUUAG